ACUGUCGCUGCACCUGCUGUUACCCAACCCGCGGGAAUAGAAAACCUGCAUUACAACUCAGUGUAAAAAAUGGUGUAGACGGUUGGAGAUGGCCUUAGCUCCAAACAAAUCAAGAAUCCAGUUCAAAACGGGACCAAAUCAACAAGAACAAAGAUGCGACACUCUUCAACGCCAAAACAUACGGCCACACCAGCAACCCCAGGCAGGGGAAACGGACGAUGGCUGGCACACGGUGAAAUACAGGGGACGGCAACACCCCCCUCACCCCAAUAAACGAACUCAGACGCACCAACGCUCCAGUUUCGGAAAGCUUUGGGCAGCUGGUAAUGGUAAUCGUUACCAACGCUUACGAAUCGAGGAUGAAAUUGAUUUUGAAUCAGAUAUCCUGUCAAAUCUCAACAUCAAUCAGGGAAUUAAAGAAAAGGUCAACGGGAACGGGAGAGAAUUAACAAUAAGUCCGUCGCGACUGCAGGAGAUUAGUGAGGCCACCAUCCGGAACAGUACACGAACACCUAAAUCGACGGCCGCAGAUUCCCAGAGGCGAGCUUCCAUAGUUCCAUCUACUUCAGGGCCAGGGGCCGAGGCUGAGCCCAUCGUCGACAGCCAGUCUGUCGUGGAGACAAGGUCACUUGCUACCACAUGGGCUGACAUCGUUAGGAUGGAGACCCCCCUUCAAUUUCAAACCAAUGUCGAUCUGAUUCAAGAAAAGCCAAUUAUUUUCAAUGACUCAAAUAUUGGUACAGGCAGGGACUUUAUGGAAAUACAUCAGGCAAUGACGGAUGAUUUAUCCAAGCAAACCCAAAAUUUCCACUUCUUUGGAGAAUAAAAAAUUGAUUCUAUCAAAAUUGAAUAAAAAAUACUUAGCUUUGCUGUCAGACAAAAUGAGGUUGUAAUUUUUUAAAUUACAAAAUUCUCGAUGCAUAGGAUUAAUUUCAAAGUUGAGCAAGCAACCCACAUCUUCCGAUAUAUCAACCAUCUCACCGGUUCAGAAAAUUUUAAGCAAAGCAGACGAUUUGAUUCUAUCACGGUCUCUUCCAAAUUCAACAGUUCUGACCGUUACCUGAAGAUUGCUAAGGACAAAGGGAGUUUCAUACUUAUUCCCAUGGGCCGAAAAAAUCCAAUUUAAAAGAUUUUAUGGCAAUAUUUUCCAAUUUAGUUGGACUAACCGAUUUAGUGCAGGAGCCACCAAUCCACUGGUUACAAGAAACCACAUUAGUGACAGAGGAGCCAACAUCAAUAUCAAAGCUUAUCUUUGAUUCUCACAUUCGGGAAGCCUACUCAGACAAACAAUGAUCUCCAUCUCCGGUGGAACAACUCAAGCUUGCUCAAGCUUACUCAGAUGCAUCAGACAACUUUUAUCAAUCAGAUGACUCUUCUUUCAUGGAUGACUUUUUGGGACAUGUAACUAAAAGCGAUCGUCAUCCCCCUAUCUCAACCCCGACCGACAUUAAGAAAUCAAAAUUCAACAGAACGCUUUGCAGCAAAGCCAAGUUUGUUACCUCAGAAAAUUGUCUGCCAACACAAAACCUGAACACGCAACUUAAAAUAUACAGGAAAUCUCAAAAGAAUAAAAGGUGGCACAGCAUGACGACAAGAUCGCAGUCUAGAGAAUUCCCAUGGGUCUAGUUAUUUAGUUUGUUUUUUUCUUUGUACUGUUUAUUUUCUUUCUUUCUUUUCUUUCUUUUUUCCCUAU